ACCUGAUACCUUCCACGCUGGGCUUCCGUCCUGAGAAAGCGGGAUGAGUAAAGUGAGGUCUGCCACACCCUUCAGCUCGGACCCAAGCAACAGCUUAGGCGUUGUGCCGAUUGUUACCAAGACCUGGAUGGGAACUGCUCUCAGCGACUUGGGUUGGGGUGCACCCGCGCUCACGACAGUCUUCACCCCAAAACCGGAGUGCUCAACUCGCUGGCUCUAUUAUACAGGCGCGUCAAUGGUCUAUAGCAACGUCAAUGACAACCUCGGUCUUCCAAGCAUAAGAAACGAAUUCUUCCGAAUUUGUAAUCCUUUUGGAACACAAGCAACCACUUAUAGUCCUGGGUUGUGCCCUAGUGGAAUGGAAUUCAACGUCAUGACCGUUAAUACGCAAACGCUAUCACAGAUUUGGGAGGGACACUGUUGCCCGAGGGGGUGGAAUGCAUACUCGAGCGGUGUGUGUUCAACUAUAUUCACGACGCCAUGGACGGCCAUUUUUGGAUAUCAAAUAUCUGGCUAUAUCAAAUCGAACGAUACAUCCUUCAACUCAUCGCGCAGUGUAAAUUCUUCAUUUGUUGUUUCUUCCACGAUGAUUUCAGACGCCAAAACAGUGACAAGGGAGACUGUACUUCCACGCGGGACAGCUUUCGCGGCCAAGCUCACAGUUAUGUGGCAAUCAAAGGACCUUAGUCUCUUCCCAACAGAGUACGCCUCGGUCCUAGGAAAACGCAUGGGCGUUCCCUUCUCUAAUUCAAUCCCACCGCUGCCUAACGCGACGGCAAGUAGCAUACAGUCUACCCCCACUGUCACCACGGCGGGUCCGCCGUCACCGCUGCCCAGCGCAUCCGGGAGCAGCCUACAACCUACUGUUACUGAAACAAUGACUAGUACACGGCCACCGAAACCUCAACCAUCGUCUAUAAAAUCUCCCCAGCCACCAAUGAGUGUAGCCGCAAAGACUGGUAUUGGCGUAGCCACUACCUUAACAGUCAUCUUCCUCUGCGCGAUCAUCGUCGUGGCACUACGGCGCAGACGAAACAAAAGGGUAAAACCAAGGGAAUCCAACAACGAUCAAAGAAUCGUGUUAUCGGUUGAGGAUUUUGGUUUCAAGGCCGAGGCAGACUCUGCUGCGGAGAUAAACGAGGCGGAUGGCGAUGCCGCUGUAAUCGCCGAGGUAUCUGGAUGUGCAGCUGGAUUCAGGAGGUUUUGGAAAGGUAAUUGGAGAACUGAGACACCCAAAGAUCAGCUGAGAAUUCAUGAGAUUGAUUCACAGACGGUAAUUAUAGUUCCUGAGUCACCUGUGGAGCUGGAGUAAUUGUCGGAUAAGCCGUUCCUCCUCGUUCUAGCGGCGUAUUCACCAUGUUGCUUAACUGAGUAUCUUCAUCGACUGAUUAGUAAUUUAUUCAGAUACUACUCAAUGGUUCUCACGGAUAGGGCUGACUCUUCAUUUGGAAGUGUGACAUGUUUGUGAGGUCGACGUGACCCCGUCGCUAUCAGAUAUAGCGCUAGGGUGUUGCGCCUGCUCACAACCCGUGUGAUUGUACUGCGCCCCUCUUACGGUGGAAACACUCAGUCGGUCAUGGUCAUACCCAUAAAAAUCCGGCGUUCUGUCUUGACUGACUCCUAUUUUCGCACAGCUGGUUCAUUGAGUCUAGUCAACCAGUUGUUGGUCAAGAUCUCUGACUGUACGGUUGAGUCAAGUAUAGAGCCAAUGCGAGACUCACUCGGUGACUCGAAUGAUAUAGUCAUCAUUGUUGCGAAAGUCACAGAUAUAAAAGAUCGAACUGUUCUGUUGUUUGGUUCUCGGUCUUUCUACGACAACCACAUUUCAUUGACUUACAGAUUCUUCUUCUCCACAAUCGAACAAUAAACCAGCACUACUGCAAAUCACGGCAAUCCCGACAGAACCUCGAGCAACACUGUACCGCGCACGCUGCAUACUUCCUCAUCUCCACACCAGCCAGCUACUGUCAAUCAAUAUUCAGUCAUCUCAAUAUUGCUUUUUUGUUGCCACAUCCACCGCGUGGUCGGACAUCCUGCUCCCCACCUCUUCAUACUGCAGAUAAAGCAGCAGUCCAAAAUAGCGAUCAGCAAGAGUCCUCGACAUGCAGUCCUUCGUUA